AUGGCACCAAACGCCGUUACUCUUAGAAAGCUAGGUAAAAAUGGGCCUAAUAUCCCAGCCAUUGGCUUUGGGAUGAUGGGCAUGUCCUUCAUGUACGGGGCUGCUCCCAGCGACGAGGAGCGCUUUGCAGUACUGGACCGUGCCCUAGAACUGGGUGCAACGCACUGGGACACCUCCGAUAUGUAUGGUGAUAGCGAAGAGCUUCUGGGCAAAUGGAUCAGACGGUCUGGAAAAAGGAGUCAGAUCUUCCUCGCCACAAAGUUCGCAUUCGUGAAGGGCGCGGCCGAUUGGGCGCUCGACACUUCCUACGAGUAUACUAAGAAGGCUUGCGACGAGAGUUUGAGGAUUCUUGGAACAGAUCAUAUUGAUCUUUACUACAUGCACCGGGCCAACCCAAACACCCCAAUCGAGGAAACUAUGAAGGCACUUGCCGAGCUUAAAGCUGAGGGCAAGAUCAAAUACAUAGGUCUGUCGGAAGUCAGCUCUAACACCUUGCGUCGCGCAUGCAAGGUUGCACAUGUCGAUGCGGUCCAAAUCGAGUACUCGGUCUUCGAACGGGAUGUCGAGGGGCCCAGUGGUACAUACCUUCUCCAGACGGCGCGCGAGCUCGGCGUCGCAAUUGUUUGUUAUUCCCCGCUGGGACAAGGGCUGCUUACGGGCGCCCUCAAUCAAAAGGACGCAAUCACGAAGGAAGGCGACUGGAGAGCUGGGUUUCCACGCUUUUCGGGUGAAAAUUACGAGGCCAACGUGCAACUUGUCAACAAAUUCAAAGCAAUUGCCGAUCGGAAGCAUAUCACCCCGGGCCAGCUUGCCCUGGCUUGGCUGCUCAAGCAAGGUGAUGAUAUUUUCCCUAUCCCGGGCACAAAGCGGAUCAAGUAUCUGGAGGAGAAUUGGGCUGCGCUCAAGGUCCAGCUCACGGAUGGCGAGGUUGCCGAGGUUCGCACCCUCGUGGAGACCACGAAUGUGGCUGGAGCGAGACAUCUCGAAGCAGCCCUGUCACAGUGCUUGGCCGACACGCGAGGUUCUGGUUAUGGUCCUCAGAAGCUUAGCAUGGAUUAA